GUACACCGGAGGCUGUUGCGGCCGCUGCUGUUUCCUGUUCCAUAAAUAAAGGUCCCUUCGAACACUGAAACUCGUCCUUGUGUUUUAUUGAAGCGCGGCUUUGCUUAGCGAAGCACCCCGCACCGAAGGCGGUCCUUGGCGCCGCGGCACCGAACUACAAAUCCCAGCAGUGCAGGCGGAGCUGAGCCUGGGGAGGCGACCCUGGGCGGGGCGGCAGAGCCUGCGGAGGAGCGUUCUGCUUUUCCUGGUGCUCCGCUUCCUCCUCGGAGCUCUCCAGCCGUGCCUGUCGCAGGAUGCGUUGUUUUGCUGCAUCCAGGCACUGAAUCCCACCAGCAGACAUGCAUGCGUGCUUUUGCUGCUAGAAGGCUUUGCUGCUUCUCUUCUGUGUAGCCGAUCUGUAGGAAGACUUCCACAAUGGAUGAGACUUCAGAUGAACCUCCCACUUCUGCUGUCAUUUUAGACAGCGGCCACUUCUCCCAGGUCAUCUUUAACAACGUGGAGAAAUUUUAUGUUCCUGGAGCAGACGUAACCUGUCACUAUACUCUCACACACAACAUUGUUCCUCGUGGGAAGGACUGGGUGGGCAUCUUCCGGGUGGGAUGGAAAACCACCCGAGAAUAUUACACAUUCAUGUGGGCUCCUCGGCCCAGUGAUGUCCGUGGUGAUACUGCUGUGCAGCAACAGAUCCAGUUCAAAGCUUAUUACCUGCCCAAAGAUGAUGAAUAUUACCAGUUCUGCUACAUUGACCAGGAUGGUAUGAUCCGUGGAGCCAGUGUGCCUUUCCAGUUCAGAGCAGAGACUGAGGAUGAUAUUCUGGUGGUUACCACACAGGGAGAAGUGGAAGAGAUUGAACAACAAAACAAGAAUUUGCUUAAAGAAAAUGAGGAGCUGCAAGCCAACUGUGCAAGUCUCCAAAAACAAAAUACAGAUCUGCAGGAAGACCUCAAGAAGACACAGGAGCUACAAAAUGUUUUGGAGUCCCUUAGGAGCAGCACUGAAAAAUUGGAGCUGGAGCUGAAUUCCCUGAAACAGGAAAAUAAACACCUGAAGGAGCUGAAUGAGUGCAGAGAGGCAGAACUGCACCAAUUCAAGGAGCAAAUUCAGAAUGUAACCUCUGAAAAGGAACAUCUGGAAACCAAACUAAAAACAGCCCUAGAUCAUGUCGAUCAACUGCAGUCUCAACUUCUGAGUUAUGAGAAGGAAAUUGAAGAGCUGGUUCGUUUGGACCAUGACAAGACUAAGCAGUGUGAAAGUUUAAAGGAAGAGAAUAACCAGUUAUGCAUGACUAUUACUCAAAAGGAGGAGCAAAAGAAAGAACUUAAACUGUGCCUGGAGCACUUGAAGGGAUCAGAGGCCAAGCUGACGCUUCGUCUGCAGAAUGAACAGCAACAAAACAGUGACUUAAUGAAAGAGCUGGAAGAGCAGAAGCGUUUGUUUCAGGCUUUGCAAGCAAAAAAGAAGGAAUCUGAUGGGGAAAAUCAGCUAUUAAGGAAAGAGAAUGAUUCCCUCCUGAGGCAUCUCUCUCAGCCUAGAGACGUUUCUUCCUCUUUUGUUGCUUCACAAGCCCAAGCUUUUGUUCCAGCUCCUGAAGGCUUUGUAUUUGGAAAUCCAUAUCAUGCUGCAGGAGCAAAUUGGACAAGAGGCACAGGAAUAGAUUCUAUCAGGAAAUGCCCCAUAUGCAAUUGCAUUUUUCCUGAUAAUAUUGAAACAAGAGACUACGAGGCCCACGUGCAGGGCCAUCUUCUGGAGUGCCCAGUCUGCAAUGGAGCCUUUGACAAGUCCAACCAGCAGGUGUUUGAAGACCAUAUGUUGUGCCAUAGCCUGGAACAAUUGUGAAUCCUUAUCUGUUCUGUAGAAUAGGUGGUGGAGGCUGCAGCUUAGAAUAGACCAAAAUUACUCUAGAGACUUGAUCUAUGCUGGUAAGAAAUGCAAUUGUCAUCCCCUUAAGUCCUCUGCCUUGGAUCAAACAACUGUGCUUGCUAAAUGAGUUACAAAUCCUGUAAUUAAUAACUAUCCAGGUAGGGUCAAAUAACAGAUCUAGUACAGCAGUACUCAGCUGAUACAGGUCCAUUAUAAUGUCUUUAUUAUUCAGUAGAGCACUGUGAUUGCUAACCAAAGAGCAGAAGCAUUGCAUAGUCUUUUAGGACCACACCUUCAGUCUGGUUCAGCUUCUGGAACAUAAAUACUAAUAAAUACAGAAGUCUAAAUAAGAAUAUAUUUUCCUUUCUUCUUUUGUCUUUUCACUUUAAAAAAGUGAAAUAUGUAUUUAUAAAGAAAGUACUUGUUUGUAGAUCUAAAGGUCUAGGGUUCUUAUGUCAGAGUAGGCAGUAUAGCUUAGUGUACAAUGAGGUGCAUGCACUGU